CAAAUAAAGCUUGAGCGAAAGAGGACGAUCGCUUUUUUCUUUUGUCUCUUUAUUACUACGACUAGUUCAAUGAGAAGCGGAUCAGCUCUUUGAAAAUUAUGAAAAUCACGACAGUGCUGAAUUUCGAUAUAAUGCUGAGUUUACUCCUUUUUCUAGCUUUCGCGCCAUGGUGCAUUCACUCGGAGGAGCGACUCCUUGUUGGUAUGACUCUUGUUCGAAACGCCACCGCCCACGGCGCCCUUUGUCUGGAUGGAAGUUUACCCGCUUAUCAUCUGCACAGAGGAUUCGGCGGUGGUGCAAACAACUGGAUCUUACAGUUUGAGGGUGGUGGUUGGUGUAAUGAUGUAUCAUCAUGCCUGAAGAGAGCCACAACGCGCCGUGGAUCAACUCGCUUCAUGUCCAAGUUGGAAGUCUUCUCUGGAAUCUUAAGCAACAACGCCUCCCUCAAUCCAGAUUUCUUCAACUGGAAUCGUGUGAAGCUUCGAUAUUGUGACGGAGCCUCAUUUUCAGGAGAUAGCAAGUUCGACAAUGGGACAUCAUUGCUUUACUUCAGAGGGCAGAAAAUUUGGGAAGCAAUUAUCCUUGAUCUUCUACCUAAAGGGUUGGCAAGUGCUAGCAAGGCCUUGCUUUCAGGUUGCUCUGCUGGGGGUCUAGCAACCUUUCUGCAUUGUGACAACUUAAAAAAGAUGUUACCAAGCAAUGCCAGUCUGAAAUGCCUAAGUGAUGCUGGAUUUUUCCUGGAUGUACGAGAUAUGAGUUUGAAUUACACCAUGAGGUCCUUCUAUCAUGAUCUAAUUGCCCUACAGGGGAUAAAGCAAAAUCUUAAUCAAAAUUGCAUGAGCUCAAUGAAUCAUCCGGAGCUGUGUUUCUUUCCCCAGCAUGCAUUGCAAUACAUCACAACACCGUAUUUUAUCUUGAACUCGGCUUACGAUGUGUUCCAGUUUCAUCAUAGUUUGGUUCCACCUUCUGCUGAUUUGCAUGGACAUUGGAAUAAUUGCAAGCUUAACCCAGUAGCAUGCAAUGCAAAUCAGAUCAAUGUAUUGCAAGGUAUGAGGCAUGAUAUGCUUACAGCUCUUAUAUCAUUCUACAAAAAUUCAAAAAGAGGGGGUCUGUUUAUAAAUUCAUGCUUUGCUCAUUGCCAAAGUGAGUCACAGGACACAUGGUUUGCUGUUGAUUCUCCAAGAAUACACAAUAAGACCAUAGCGGAAGCAGUUGGUGAUUGGUACUUUGGGAGAAGAGUAACCAAAGAGAUUGAUUGCCCAUAUCCUUGUGAUACCACUUGCCAUAACCUUAUACCAUCUCCCCUGGUUUAAGGUUGAAGAUUCUUUAGUUAUGCA